ACACAUGGCCAAAAAUAUUGGGACACCCGACUUUCCCCAGACGUACUUGAUUCUUCCCAGUCAAGCACAAGCUCCGUGAAGAUCUGCUUAACAUGGGUUGGAGUGGAAGAUCUCCCACUGUAGAGCUCUGACCUGAUUAAACUUGAUGAAAACGAGCGCUGAUUGUAGACCAGGCCUCCUCACCUACAUCAGAACCUUCACUGCACAAAUCUCCACAAAAUCUAGUGGAACAUCUUCCCAAAAGUGUGGAGGUUAUUAUAAGAGCAGGUCAGGUGUCCGAAAACAUUUGGUCUGUCUCGCUUUUAAGGCAAAAUGUGGCAUUGAAUUAAAUUCAGCGGGGGUUAGACUCCAAACGCUCGCUGGUGUAGUUUUCCAGAUCGGGUGUGUGUCGUGUCGGGAUUAUGGGAGCGUUCGGUGUGGUGUUCAGGAGCUCCAGGCGGUGUCAGAGAGACCAGAGAGAAUAUACACCCAGCACCACAGAGCCAAAUGACGAUGCAAAUCUCUGUGUGCUCUUUAUCAGGCGGGAAAAGCGGAUCCACUCUUGUAACAUGAGCUCGGUGGCUGUGUUGACUCAGGAGAGUUUUGCUGAGCACCGUAGCGGGCUGAAGGACACGCAGGUCUCAGGUGGUGUUUCUGAAGAUGAAGCGUACAUCCCUACGUAUUUGGAAGCCUUCCCGCCGUUGCCGGAGAAGAGCACACCCGGGGAGAGAUCUGGAGAUCCAGUGGGAGCUUGGAGCAAAAUCCGACCCAUUAAAGCUUCUGUCAUUACGCAGGUGUUCCACGUGCCGUUGGAGGAGCGUCGCUACAAGGACAACAGCCAGUUCGGAGAAGGAGAAGAAGCGAAAGUGUGUCUCGACAUCAUGCAGAAGACCGGCGCUCAUAUUGAACUCUCUCUGGCGAAAGAUCAAGGACUUUCCAUCAUGGUGACCGGGAAACUCGACUCGGUCAUGAAGGCUCGGAAAGAAAGGACAAAACAUCGGACGCAGGCCUCGGCUGCCGUCGUCAUCCCGAAGGAGCACCAUCGCUUCGUGAUUGGGAAAAAUGGAGAGAAACUACAAGAGCUGGAACUGAAAACGGCUACCAAGAUCACCAUUCCCCGUCCCGACGACCCGAACGCCAACAUACGCAUCAGCGGCACCAAGGAGGGCAUCGAGAAAGCCAGGCACGAGAUCCUGCUCAUCUCUGCAGAACAGGACAAGCGUGCGGUCGAACGUCUGUCUCUAGAGAAAGUCUUUCACCCGUUCAUCGCCGCGUACAACCGACUGGUCCAGGAACUGAGCCAAGAGACAGGCGCUCGCAUCAGCAUCCCACCACCCAGCCUGCCUAAAGACGAGAUCAUCAUAACUGGGGAGAAGGAAGCGGUCGCCAUGGCCAUCGCACGCAUCCGGGCCGUUUACGAGGAGAAGAAGCGAAAAAUGACGACCAUCUCGGUAGAAGUGAAAAAGUCCCAGCAUAAAUACAUCAUCGGACCAAAAGGCAACAGUCUGCAGGAGAUCAUGGAGAGCACCGGGGUGUCUGUGGAGACCCCGUUAGACUCCAGCUCUGAGACCAUCAUCCUCCGAGGAGAACCAGACAAACUGGGACCUGCCCUGACGCAGGUGUACGCCAAGGCUAAGAGUGUCAUGGCAGUGGAAGUGACCGCCCCAGCCUGGCUUCAUCGAUUCAUCAUCGGAAAGAAAGGACAAAACAUCGGACGCAUCACACAGCAGCUUCCCAGUGUGCACAUCGAGUUUACAGACGGAGAAGAACGGAUCGUUUUGGAAGGCCCCACGGAGGAAGUGGAGCAAGCUCAGGCCCAAAUCCAGGAGAUUAUUAAUGAUCUGAUGUCGAGGAUGGACUACGCGGAAAUCAACAUCGACCAGCGUUUUCACAGACACCUCAUCGGAAAGAACGGCACCAACAUAAACCGGAUCAAGGAGCUUUACAAGGUGUGGGUUCGGAUCCCUCAGGACUCUGAUCGUUGCGGGUUGGUCCGGAUUGAGGGAGACCCCGAUGGAGUGCGGCAGGCUCGCAGGGAGCUGGUGGACAUGGCCCAGCGCAUGGAGAACGAGCGCACCAAAGACCUGAUCAUAGAGCAGAAGUUUCAUCGCACCAUCAUCGGCCAAAAAGGAGAGAAGAUCAAAGAAGUGCGAGAGAAGUUUCCUGAGGUCAUCAUCACGUUCCCUGACCAGUCUCAGAAAAGUGACAUUGUGCAGCUCCGUGGGCCCAAGAACGAGGUGGAGAAAUGUGCCAAGUUUCUCCAGAAACUCCUGCUGGACCUGGUUGAAAGCAGCUACUCAAUAUCCGUUCCCAUAUUUAAGCAGUUUCACAAAAAUAUUAUUGGGAAAGGAGGAGCCAACAUCAAAAAGAUCCGUGAAGAGACUAACACGAAGAUCGAUCUCCCCACGGAGAACAGCGACUCGGAGACGAUUGUGAUCACUGGUAAGAGGAGUAACUGUGAGGCAGCACGGGACCGAAUCCUCGCCAUCCAGAGAGACCUGGCGAACCUGAAGGAAAUGAAGGUGACCAUCCCGGCCAAGCUGCACAACUCCCUGAUCGGCUCGAAGGGCUACUUGGUGCGCUCUGUGAUGGAGGAGUGUGGAGGAGUUCACAUUCAGUUCCCUGCUGAGGGCUCCGGGGUGGACAUGGUGACCAUCAGGGGGCCUUCAGGGGAGGUGGAGAAAGCUAGGAAACAGUUACUGCAGCUUGCUGAGGAGAAGCAAGUGAACAGUUUCUCAGUAGAGCUGCAGGCCAAACCCGAGCACCACAAGUUCUUGAUUGGUCGAGGAGGAGCAAACAUUCGGCGUGUGCGUGACAGAACUGGAGCUCGCAUCAUCUUCCCUUCUCCCGAUGACCCGGAGCAGGAGCGUAUCACCAUCGUGGGCCGAGAGGAAGCAGUGCUGCUCGCUCAGAAAGAGCUUGAGACCCUCAUUAAAAACCUAGAGGACGUGAUAGAGGACAGUAUGGUCGUGGACCCACGGCAUCAUCGUCACUUCGUGUGUCGGCGAGGGCAGGUGCUGAGGGAGUUAACGGAGGAGUACGGCGGCAUCACCGUCAGUUUCCCUCGUACGGGAACGCACAGCGACUGCGUCAGCCUGAAGGGAGCCCGAGAGUGUGUGGAUGCUGCAAAGAAGCGCAUCCAGGAGAUCAUCCAGGAUCUGGAGGCUCAGGUGAGUGUGGAGGUGGUGAUUCCUCAGCGCUACCACAGAGCUGUGAUGGGGCCCAAAGGCUGCAGAAUCCAGCAGAUCACCAGAGAGUACGAGGUCCAGAUCAAAUUCCCAGAGAGAGAAGAAACAGCAGCUCAGGAAACAUCUCCCAUGGAGACGAGCAGCAGCCCAGAGACGGACUCGGUUCCUCGCAGAUGCGACCUGAUCACUGUGACGGGUCGAGUGGAGAAGUGUGAGCAGGCCCGAUCCGCCCUGCUAGCUCUGGUUCCUGUGACGGUUGACGUGGAGGUACCCUAUGACCUGCACCGCUACAUCAUUGGGCAGAAAGGAGCAGGAAUCAGAAAGAUGAUGGAGGAUUAUGGGGUGAACAUCUGGGUUCCUCAGGCUGAGCAGCAGUCGGACGUGAUAAAGGUUAUGGGGCAGGAAGUGAGUGUGGAGAGAGCCAAGCAGGCGCUGAUGUGCAGAGUCAAAGAGCUCCAGGCAGAGCAGGAGGAGCGGGCCUUACGGAGCUACAAAGUGACCCUAACGGUCGACCCUAAAUACCACCCGAAAAUCAUCGGCCGUAAAGGAGCAGUGAUCUCCCAGAUCCGCAAAGACCACGAGGUCAGCGUGCAGUUCCCUGAGAAGAGCGACGAGCAGCAGGAUGCGAUCGUGAUCUGGGGUUACGAGCAGAACGUCAAGGAGGCCAAGGCAGCUAUAGAGCACAUGGUGGCAGAGCUGCAGGAGAUGGUGAGCGAGGACAUCCGACUUGAUCACCGGGUCCACGCACGCGUCAUCGGAGCUCGCGGCAAAGCCAUCCGCAAACUCAUGGAGGAGUUCAAAGUAGAUAUAAAAUUUCCUCAGCCAGGCUCAGAUGACCAUAACAAAGUGACAGUCACGGGCCUGCCAGAGAAUGUUGAUAAAGCCAUCGACCAUCUCCUCAACCUGGAGGAGGAAUAUAUGUUAAGUGUGACAGAGACGGAGACGUUAGCUGCCUACAUGAAACCUCCUUCCCGGUUUUUGGGAGGUGGAGGAGGAGACGAUGAGAGCCGAGUCCCAGCUAAAGGCUUCAUCGUCAAAGAUGCUCCAUGGAACGUCCCAGGCAGCAAGGCCCCUGACAUGAGCAGCGCUGAGGAAUUCCCUACAUUCGGCUCUGGAGUGGCGCCGAAACAGACGUCUGCCUGGGGGCCCAAAAAGUUUUGAAAGAGAGCGACACGUGAAACACCCCCACCCCCAUCCCCUCGAUUGUCUGUUCCCGUUAACGUCCAGGAGAAACCAGAGAAUGUUUCCAAUAUGUACAUGUAGCUCUCCAAAUACCAGCAGGGGUUCGGCCCUGAGCCCGAUUCACAUCACCUGCUGCACUCGUAUCCGUUCCCUCAAUCAUGUUUUUUAACCUGUUGAGCAAAGACUCCACGCGUUUUCUGAUUCUAGCGAUGCCGAAUAGUCUUAGAUUUGAAAUGGAUAGUUUUCGGACUCACAUUUUUGAGUUCUGAUGUUACAUUUUUCUAAUUUAGAGAACCCGUAGUUCACUGUGUGGUUGUUGUUUUUUAUAGCUUUUGAUAAACCAGAGCGUUUAUAAAACAUUUUUUCCUUUUUUUUGCGCAGGCAAAAAAAAUACAACCAGCACAAUUGGUGUAGUUUGUAGAAAAGAAGGGAGGAUGGAUAGAGGAUUUUAAAAAAUAAUGAAGCACAGGGAGGUUGUAGAGGUGAGGAACCACUCUGUACAUCCACGUUUAGCUGAAAAGCAGCACAAGAAGGUGAAUUUCCAUGCGGCAGCCCCAGGGUUAGAAGUUACAGGUCUCGAUUUGAUCAUGACUGAUGACUCCGGGUUCCUCAGUUUUCCGUACUGAGACACUGAGUGAUGCGCCUGGUGCAUACGCAGUGUUUAUAAAUGAGGCUGAAGAUGCGCUUGGUGCUUUUAGAUGUUAGAUUUUACUUAAAGAAGAAAAAAGUGUUUUAUUAUUAUUAUUAUUGGUCUUGGAAAUAGAAGAACAUAAUCUUAUGGUUUUUGAGAGACACAAGCAUGUUCUUUUUGUUUUUAUGGAACAAAAAAGGCAAAAAAACACAAGAACCAGACAGUGAACGAGUGGAAGAAAGUCGUGUGGAGUCAAUUUUUUGUCUCUUAAGAGAAGACCUUGUGUGAGAUGGAGAACAGGAGAGAAGAUGUGAUCAAACUCCCUCACCCCCACACUCACACAUGGAGGUGAAAGUUUAAUGGUUUGGGAAUGUUUUGGAUUAAGGAAUAUUCUGAAAAGGAUUCCUGAACCAACAUGGCUCCCAUUCCACACUUUAACACCACGUAAUUCCGUAAGCGUCUCCUUGAACCGACUUCACAGGACGAAGCGUCUGACAGACGUCUGGAGUGAUAUUUAUCAUGAACGUCCUGCCCAGUCACCGCACCUCAAUCCUACUCAACUGCUCUGGGAUGAACUGCAUCACAAGAAAGAAAUCUCCAACUAGUGAAGAAGAUCUUUGGAGAAACGAAGUGUCCAGAUGCUGAGAGUGUGGAAAGAUGUUCUUCAUGCUGAAGGAGGAUUUUUUUUAUAUUAUUGGAAAUAAAGUCUGUAAGUUUAUAGAUGUUUGGUCAAAGUAAACGUUCAUGCUGAAGGAGGAGAACAGAAGGAGCACACACGUGUCUCUCAGAAACCAUAAAAGACUCCAAACUUUUCACAGGAACUGUAUAUUUAUUUUACGAUUUCUCUUUUUUGUUUGUUUCUUAUUAUAUAUUUAAUCUGUAUUUAUAGUUCAAUGCGUGUAAAUAUUUUUGUCUUAUAAUCACGUGCUUUCACGUCAGAUUCCGUGAUACAUGAGACGAGGUCAACUUUUUAAAAUGCAGGGUUUAAAAAAAAAAAUUUGUCUUUCUUUCUUUUUUUAAAUAUUAUUAAAGAUGCAGUUUGUAACGUUGAAUGCUGAAAUGUGAAUUCAGGUUAAAUAAAGACACACUAACAAGAA